AUGGCUCGUUCAGCACUGGCCCUCAAGGACAGCGCCUAUAAUCCUGUAAACAUUGCAAUCCUUGACACGGGCGUCCGUGAUAAUUUUGGCGGGUUGGUCAAAUGUUUCAAGGACUUUGUGUACCCAAACAACUCCAAGUAUCAAGACAAUACGGGUCACGGAACAAAUGCUGUGCGCCUGGUCACAAAGGUAUAUGACAAGGCCCAGGUAUACGUGGGUAGGGUGUUCGACGGUCCACAAGCAACACACGAAACACCUGCUCUGAUGGCGGAGGCGAUACGCCACGCAGUGAAUACGUGGAAGGCCAAAAUCAUCAUCAUGUCAUCGGGAUUUCAUUCGGAACAUGAUGAAUUGGAGCAAGUUGUCGAGGAAGCUCGUUAUGCUCGUACUCUUAUCUUUGCCGCGGCUUCAAACCACGGCAACAUUGAGCGCAUUGCUUUUCCUGCUCGUCUCUAUGUUGAUCUGAAGCUAUUUUGCAUGUUUUCUACCAGUCCGAACGUCCGAGCCCAUCCCGAGUUCAAUCCAACGGUAAAUCCAAGAGCAACUCAUAAUUUUGCUAUUCUUGGAGAGGAAAUCCAACUCCCCCCGAACAUGGAGCAAAGGUUGUCAGGCACUUCGUUUGCAACAAUGAUUGGGGGUGCGCUUGCUGCCCGCAUACUGGACUUCUCACGACAGAAAGACAUCCGUGAGAGGAUUCGGAAAAUUGAUAGGCUCCAGGAAGUUGGGGUCACACAGAUCACCUAG